GAAAUAAUGAGAACGACGAAGCGUGAAGCAAGCAGGAUGGAUUGAUUGAUCCAACGGUGUAGAAGAAGCCAAUCAAUCUGAAAAGCGGGACCCACAAUCACCCACGUAACUCUUCAUUCUUGGCCUUCACCAACAGCAUCAACUUCUCCCUCUUCCCACCGCCACAACGCGAGACACUCCCCUCUCUCUCUCUCUCUCUCUCAUCGCAAACUCUAAUAUUCAACAUUUCCAAAUUCGGGUAUUUUUAAUUAUAUUUUCAUUUCAAACAGAAUAUCUGUUCAUAUUACGCGUCGAUUCUUUUUGAAUUUAAUUAUUGAACCCAAUUCGGUUCUUGAUUAAAUUGCGGUUCAAUUUGAGCGUUAAGAAAAUCAAAGAUUGAAUUUAUGAUAAGAAUUAGAAUAACGGUGGAGGAUGCAAGCGGUAGGGAGGUUGGGGAGCUACAUUAGUCAGGGCGUGUACACCGUUUCAGGGCCCUUUCAUCCGUUCGGUGGCGCCGUCGAUAUUGUGGUGGUGGAACAAGAAGAUGGGAGCUACAAGUCUUCGCCUUGGUACGUACGAUUCGGAAAAUUUCAAGGGGUUUUGAAGGCCAGGGAAAAAGUGGUGGAUAUUCGUGUGAAUGAUGUGAAAGCUGGUUUCCAAAUGCAUCUUGAUCAUAAAGGGGAAGCUUUUUUUCUCAGGGAAAUUGAUGCACAAGAAGCGCAAGAAUCUGGGUACUUUGGUGAUGACGUGGACGAUCACCCUCGUUCUCUGAGGUCAAAAAGUUGUAACUUUGAUGCAAAUGAUGGUGGCAAUAUUGUGGAUAGGAGUGGUUCUCGGCGUUCACGAAUACUUGGGCUUAUGUUUGGGCGAAAGUCUAUGAAGCCGGAACGUGGAGAUGAUGAUGGAAUUGAAAACAGGGUUGAUUCGUUGGAGCGUGCUGAGAUUGCCGCUAACUUGUUGGACCUCAAGUGGUCCACGAAUCUUUCUGGACAACGUGAUCAGAAUGUUCUUGAUACCUCGCCUCCUGAAUUGAACGAGGAUGUUUGUUUUGAUGUUGCACAAUCUGAUGUACAAGUUGCAUGUGUGGAGAUGAAGCUUGAAACUUGCAUGGAAAACCUAUUGAAUGGAGAAGAAAUUUCUGAUGGGAACACUGGUAAUGAUAAUGAUGAGGACAUUUCAGUUGAUAGAGUCCAUGUCAAUUUUCAUGAUGAAGUCUUGCAUAGUGCAACUGUAUUGAUAUCUGAGGGUACAGAAACUGAGGAAGUUACUAAGAAUGCUGAUCUUGGGAUGCCGAUAUUGGAAUUAUCUGAGUUUCAGUCUCUGGUUCGGCAAACAAAUUGUUCUGAUUCUGAUGUUGGUAUUUACAAUGAGGUGGUUGUUGAAGAGCAAACAUUUCCAAAAUCUCAUACUGUUGAUAUGGGUCUCGGACAUUCUACAAGUGAGAAAGUUGAGUCAAAUAGUGUUACCAAAUCUUCCAGUUCCAGCAGCUUGGAUGAAACGAAGGGCAAAGAUGUCUCUAGCACAUUAUCAUCUCCUCUAAACUCUAUUCGUGAUUGUUUGCCCAGAAAAGCAUCAAGGAUAUCACCAUCAACAAGUUUGGGGGAAGACAAUUUCCUUUUUAGUGACCUUGAUGAAACUGGAAACACUGAUCGAUUUGAGAGAUCAUUCUCCCAUGAACAUGUAGAUAAAGAAGAUCAUAUUUCUCAUGAGAAUGGCAUUGAAAAGUUAACAGCAAUAUCCACUCCCAUAGCUAUUCCAAGAAACGAGGCUGCUGCGGAGGAAGUUGGGCAGCACAUUGGAUCCUUGCCAAAUAUUUCUUCUAGUACUAACAGCAUUGCCCAACGAGAUGUUUUUUAUCCUUUAAGUCAGUCGCUAGACUCAAAAUCCUCAUCCUUACAGUGGGAACUUGCUGGAAAAGAUGACUUGAACUGUCUAAAAUCAGAUGAGGACAAAGAAAACCAGUUAUCACAUGAGGAGCCAGGUGCCAAGGAUUACCAUGAUUCUGGGGAAUUCGAAGGAGAUCCAUCAACACACAUGCCUUCCCCUGGUGGAAAUUGGAGACUUUGGCCUUUCUCUUUGAGGAGAACAGAAUCUAGAAAUCCUAUGCUGCCGCCUACUCCAAGUCCAAGGGGUGCCAAAAAUAACACUUUUGGUAUUUCUCCAGAGCAUACGAUUACUGCAGAUAUGAACAAAAAAGAGCUGACAGCCAAUAUACUGAAAAAGAAAGUUAGGGUAACAACUCCAACUUCUGAACAGCUAGCAUCCUUGAAUCUGAAGGAUGGGAUGAAUACUGUAACCUUCACUUUCUCUACAGCUGUGCUGGGGAAGCAGCAGGUUGAUGCUCGAAUAUAUUUGUGGAAAUGGAACACUCGUAUAGUGAUCUCAGAUGUGGAUGGUACAAUUACAAGGUCAGAUGUUCUUGGUCAGUUCAUGCCUUUGGUUGGUAUUGACUGGUCACAGACAGGUGUUGCCCAUUUAUUCUCUGCUAUCAAGGAAAAUGGUUACCAACUGCUUUUCCUCAGUGCUCGUUCAAUUUCUCAGGCCUAUCUUACACGGCAAUUCCUAGUUAACCUUAAACAGGAUGGGAAAGUUUUACCAGACGGUCCUGUUGUUAUUUCCCCAGACGGACUUUUCCCCUCUCUAUAUCGAGAAGUUAUUAGGAGGGUUCCCCAUGAAUUCAAAAUUGCAUGCUUAGAGGACAUCAAAGCACUUUUUCCUUCUGAUUGCAAUCCGUUCUAUGCUGGUUUCGGAAAUAGGGAUACCGAUGAAAUCAGCUACCUUAAGGUUGGAAUUCCCAAAGGAAAAAUCUUCAUUAUUAAUCCCAAGGGAGAGAUUGUUGUAAACCGUGUUGACACAAAAUCAUAUACUUCUCUGCAUGCUCUCGUGAAUGGAAUGUUCCCCCCUAUGAACUCUUCUGAGCAGGAGGACUUUAAUUCAUGGAAUUUCUGGAAGCUACCCCCUCUUGCAGUAGAUAUUUGAAAGGGCCCCGCGGCUUUUUGGGCUCAAUUAUGUUGAUCUGGACAUGGAUGGUGCAGGCUUUGCUGCUCCAAGCAUUACAUGGGUUUUAAUUUUAUCAGGUGACAUGCAUCUAAGCCCGAAGAGAACAACUUCGUUAUGUUGUUGACAUAUGUACUCUGGAUUGAUUUAUCGGAACUCAUAAGUUGAUGGAUGGGAUUCUCCUGAAAGAGUAUGAUGGAAAUUCUUCCCCAGUUUGAUAAAAGAUAUCAGAUCCAUUUUUGUCCUUGGUUGGUUUGGUGUUAACCCAUCACCACUAAAGUCAUGGAAUCUCACGCAUUUGUUAUCAUUUCUUGAUUAUCGAUAGAUUAGUUCGUUAAGUCCUUUUCAUUUAAUUGUAUAACUGUAAGUAACUGUACUUGAGUAACUCGUCCACUUCAGUUUUAUUAUUUUGCCAUAUAGAAAAGUUUAUGCUCGCAUUCAUUUUUAUGAUUC